AUGUCUUCAACUCUUAUGGGAAGUUGUAUAUUGGGUGGUAAAUGGUAUACAUGUGAGGAUCAAUCGCCAACAUUCUUAGGAUGUUGCUUAAGCGAUCCAUGCAAUGGCAUUGGUUGCCCUGCGGAGAAUCUUAGACCUGCAGCAAUGGGAACAGCAAGUGGUCCGGAUGCUCCUAGCGCCGAUGGAUCAUAUUGGCCGAAUGUUAGUUGCCCAAAUGGAGGAGUUUGGUUCACAUGCUCCGAACAGACAAAUUCCUUUCAAGGUUGCUGUGACAAUAGCACUGGCUUUAAUCCGUGUCAUGGAACUGGUUGUCCUACAGAAAGCCUAUAUGCUGCGGCAUUUAGUACUGUUCCAGCGAAGAUCUUCUCUGCUACUUCUUCUACGGCCUUUGCCGCUUCCUCUACGAUAUCUAUUUCCUCUACGAUCUCCGUCACUUCCUCUGUGCCUUCAUCAUCUUCGAUAUCAAAUUCUCCCAAUGGCACCAGUUCCACUUCACAAACUGCAUCAUCUCAAACAUCGGCUACAGCGAAUGAUACAUCAGAUUCAAUUGGAUUCAAUUCAUAUCAGAAACUCCCCAUUGCUGCUAUUGUAGGAAGCGCUUUAGGUGGAGUGGUUGUUGUCCUACUUGUUCUCUUGGCUAGUUUCUGCAUUCGACGCCGCAGAAAGAGAGCUAUGUUAGAAGGGUCAAAUGUACCAGGUUAUCAAUUGCAACAAGACAUGUCGAUGGUCAAAGCAACGCCACCAUCCUUUGUUUAUGAAACCAGUCCCUCGGACGCUAAAAUGUCUUCGAAAGGUAAUCAAAAUACUCCAGAAUCAUCGGAAUAUCUCAUACAUACUAAUGAUUCAGUAAAUUAUCGUCCAAUAUCGCAGAUACCAUUAUCUCCACCUUUCAGUCCUGCUCCACCAUACCGAUCCCAGCCUCAAUCUCCAGGAGUCUCUGAUCAACAUGAAAUUGACUCUUCUACUGUACACGAAGUGGAAUCCCCACCACUCCGGAAUUGGUCGCUCAUUCCUCGGCCAGGGGCUGCGGAAAUGCCAGAUACUUCGGAAGAUACCUGGCGAUCAUCAAUACCCCAUGCCUUAAAGCCAGGGCCUUCCGGGAAUUGA